AGAUGUUUUUUAAUGAGAGAGGCGCACACAGAGAGCAGAGCUGCUAUUGAAUAAGGACUAAUCGCUAAUCUCUUCGAUAAUACGGCCAAUCUUCCUAUGCACUAAGAUAAAUUACUAAGAAGCCUCAAGACCGGGACAUACAAGCUGGUGUUCAGCAGGGACUCUAAGUGAAUUUGGAUGUUUGUUGGUGUGAAACUUUACACAGAAGUUGGAGUUGGUCUUUCUGUUCAGGCUUGACUAAGGGAAAGUGUAUGUUUGCGUCUGUCUAAUGUUUAUUGCUGCCAAGCUGGGGAGUUGAGGAUGUGAGUGAGUACAUUUUGAAUAGCUUAUCUAUGAAAGAAUUGUGAAUUUGAUGGCGGUUAAAUUUUUUUUUUGAGUGUUGGUAGGCUUACUUUUCAAACGUUUAUUGGAUAUAUUACAACGAGAAAAUCUGAGAUUUUUAGUCUGCUGCUUGUCGUGUUGCGUGUAUGUUUUGGGCUUUGGUUAGGAGGUUUUCUGUCUAUAAAAGGAGUAGUGUGUGUCUGAGUGUGUGUGUUUGUGGGUUGUUGUGUGCUUGUUUGCCUGCCAUGCCCUUGCCUGAGCCUGAUGUCCCGGCCUCUCAGAGGCUGGCACUGGACUGUCGUACCCUUCUGGACCAUCGCAUUGGCAAGGGGGUUUGUGGUUGUUGCGGGGCGCUCAGGCCUCGGUACAAGAGACUGGUAGACAACAUCUUCCCAGAAGACCCAGAGGAUGGGCUGGUGAAGGCCAACAUGGAGAAGCUGACAUUCUAUGCCCUGUCAGCUCCAGAGAAGCUCGACCGUAUCGGAGCCUACCUGUCUGAGAGAUUGUCAAGGGAUGUGGCCCGACACAGAUAUGGGUAUGUGUGCAUAGCCAUGGAAGCCCUGGACCAGCUGCUGAUGGCCUGCCACUGCCAGAGCAUCAACCUGUUUGUGGAGAGUUUCCUCAAGAUGGUGCGCAAGCUGUUGGAGUCAGACAAACCCAGCCUGCAGAUCCUAGGAACCAACUCUUUUGUGAAGUUUGCCAACAUAGAAGAGGAUACACCAUCGUACCACCGCAGUUAUGACUUCUUUGUGUCGCGCUUCAGUGAGAUGUGCCACUCUAGCUACGAGGACCCUGACAUCCGUACUAAGAUCCGCAUGGCAGGUAUCAAGGGCCUGCAGGGCGUGGUGAGGAAGACUGUGAAUGAUGAGCUGCAGGCCAACAUCUGGGACCCUCAGCACAUGGACAAGAUCGUCCCCUCUCUGCUUUUCAACCUGCAGAGUGGAGUGCGCACAGAGAGCCGCUCCCCCUCUCCGCUGCAGGCGUCGGAGAAAGAGAAGGAAAGCCCGGUGGAGCUGACGGAGCGCUGCUUCAGGGAGCUGCUGGGACGAGCCGCCUACGGCAACAUCAAGAACGCCGUCACGCCCGUGCUGAUGCACUUAGAUAACCAUUCUCUAUGGGAGGGGAAGACCUUUGCAGUGCGUUGCUUUAAAAUCAUCAUGUACUCCAUCCAGUCCCAGCACUCUCAUUUGGUAAUCCAGCAGCUUCUCGGUCACCUGGAUGCUAACAGCAAGAAUUCAGCCACAGUGCGUGCUGGGAUAGUGGAAGUUUUGCUGGAGGCAGCCGCCAUUGCAGCCAGCGGCUCUGUAGGUCCCACAGUGUUGGAGGUGUUUAACACCCUGCUGCGGCAGCUCCGUCUGAGUGUGGACUACGAGUUGACCGGCUCCUACGACGGCAACAUCGGCACCAAGAUCAUCAAAGCUCACGAGGAGAGGCAGCUGCAGGAGGCUGUCAUCAGGACCAUUGGUUCAUUCGCCAACACUCUACCGACAUACCAGAGGUCAGAGGUCAUGCUCUUCAUCAUGGGCAAGAUCCCUGUCCCUGGGAUUCACCCAGCUCUGCCCUCCGCAGGCUCUGGGCCUGAGGGUACCAGGAUGAUUCAGAUUAUGUUACUUAAAUCCUUGGUCCAGGUGACGGCAGGUUUCCAGACCACCAACAUGCUGACGGCGCUGCCCAACUCUUUCCUGGAGCCGUUGCUGUCCUUCUCUCUCACAGAGGAUCCAGAAAUCCGGCUGCUGGUUCUCCAGAUCCUUCUCAGUCUGAUCGACAGGCACGACAACAUGCCCAAGUUCACCAACAUAAGCAUCAUCUCAGACAUCUCUGUGCUCAAGCUUAAAGUUGACAAGUGUUCCAGACAGGACAACUUAUUCAUGAAAAAGCACGGCCAGCAGCUAUACCGACACAUCUACUUGGGCUGUAAGGAGCAGAGCAGCGGUCGGCUACACUACGAGUCCCUCUUCGCUCUGUUGGGUCUCCUCAGCGUGGAGCUGGCUAAUGAAGAAGUGGUGGUGGACCUCAUUCGCCUGGCACUCGCCUUGCAGGACCUGGCUUUGUCCACUGACGAGCCUCUGCCCGUUUAUAACCGCUGUGCUGUUCAUGCGCUCGCCGCUGCCUACCUCAACCUCAUCUGCCAGCUCACCACCGUCCCAGCCUUCUGCCAGCACAUACACGAGGUAAUUGAGGUGAGACAGAAAGAAAGUCCCUACCUUUUGCCUGAGGAUGUCUUCGUUGAUAAUCCCAAGCCGCCUUCCUCACUGGAGAAGGUAGAGGGGGAUGUUUUGUUCCUCCAGUCGAAGAUCACUGAGGUCCUCGGAGGUAGUGGCUAUAACACAGAUAGACUGGCUACGCCUUAUGUCCCCCAGUAUACUGAUGAGGACCGUCUGUCCAAGAGAAAGAGCAUUGGAGAGACCAUCUCACUGCAGGUGGAGGUGGAGUCCCGAAACAGUCCAGAGAAAGAGGAGAGGACACCAGCAGAGGAGAUCACAUUUGAAACCCUGAAAAAUGCCAUCGUGGACAGCGUGGGUAUGGAAGAGCAGGAGAGGGAGCGGAGGAGACAAGUGGUGGAGAAGUUUCAGAAGGCCCCCUUCGAGGAGAUAGCUGCCCACUGUGGUGCAAGGGCCACACUACUGCAGAGCAAACUAAAUCAGAUCUUUGAGAUUACAAUCAGACCCCCGCCCAGCCCAUCUGGAACCAUUUCGUCCGGUUACGGCCAAAGCCAGAGUCGAUCUAUACCCAUCUACGAGAUGAAGUUUCCUGACCUCUGUGUGUACUAGACCAGAGAGCGAAGUUACAGAACUAUUUAACAUUUGAGUACAAGAAAGGGAUUUUGGGAGGGGUAACCGGUCCUCACUGUAAAGGCGUCUUGAUCAUAUAAUCAUAAAACCACAGGGGAAGAGGAGGAAACCAAAGUUGUUUGAAGCCAACUCAAGAACAAGCCACUUCUUGAUUAACUUAGUUGUCUGAAAUGGCAAUUCUUUUGCCCUGUGAUCGCAGCCAAAACAAGUCGGCUAAUGUCAAAAAAAUGCAGCAGUAAAACAAACAGUUCUCCUUAGAUGUCUGUAGAAACUCCACCGGUUGGAUUUUGAAAUUAGAAAUUGCCAUGAACUGUGAGGGGAAAAUUAAAGUGGCAGACUGAAAGUUAUUUUAUUGGCUUUAGAAUGAAUUGACUCACUCGUUGCAUGCCCUGUUACUGGACAUUUUUGAUAGCACUGCAAUUCUUGGACAUUCUUUUGACCUGUUUGUCCCUUACAGGGUGCCAUACUACCCUUGAUGACACAAUUAGAUGAUGAACUGAUCUUAAUAUUUAUAUUUUAUUUGUUUUCUUGUUUGUUGAUUUUAUGGAGAGGAAGAGCGUAUGUGAAUUAGAUGCAUUUUAAUUUUCCUGACACCGUAUUUUUGUGUAUGUUUGAAUGAAAUAUGGAUACAAAUAUAAACCUAAUCCUUUCCAUCUCCCAUGUUACUCAGCUCUUGAAUAUCUGACUUCAGUGUUUAAUAGUACUAUUCUUUUGUUUUGCCUUUUUAGUGUUAGCCAGAAGUGUUUUUUCUUUCAUGACAGGCAUUUAUUUCCUGCACCUAGUUUUUUUCUUCUAAUUAUUAUUUAGUUUUAAGUGGUUUAAAUGACAGAUAACUGUUGAUCUGUGUGCUAUCCUCCCAAAGUGAGUGUGCCUUACAGGUGACUCAAGUUGAAACAUAAACAGAAACACACACUGCGCCACAAUAAUGACCACACUAAACUUCUGAAGAUCUGAAGUGUUUACUGUGAUGUUUACCAGAUCAAACACUAAAAGAUAACUACGGAUCCUUUAUUUUUCUCCUUUCCAUAUGAAUGUGUAUAUACAGAGAAAUAUAUAAAUCUUUAAGAUGAUGUACAAAAUAGGGAUGUGUUUGUGUAUAUAUACUGUACAUUGAUUCUAAUUAUGGACUCCCACUGCACUGAUUGUGUCCGUAGAUAAGGGAGAAAGGUAUUAGUUAGUAUUUAUUAAAAAUAAGUAACCAGCAACAUCAACAUCAAAAAGGUGAAUUGACAAGGGUCUGAACAGCCCACAGUAGAAAUCUAAAUCAUCUUGAGGCCAGUAGAUCACACUAGUGAAGUUUGAAAGUGUCCUGCUUAAGAAUUAAUGAACCUGAAAUAAUCAACUUCCAUUUUUAACCACUGAUUUUGAGACAGGUUUUUAGCACUAGAAUCAUGACCUGUAUUGUUGCCAUUACAUUCUUAAUCCUGCUGGAAUAAGUUUGCACUCUGUUUUUACGCCAUACCGCUGCUGCUGCAGCCUACAAGCAGUGCACCUCAUUCAGCAAGAUUUAAUAAGUCUAAAAGCCAUUAUGUGUGCACAUACACAUAGGUAUAAAAACAAAGUAUAAUGGCAAUAAUUUGCCACUAGCCUGGCUAACAGCCCAACUGUUGGUAGCAGAUCCUUUUGUGUUUUAAAUCUGUUGUUGUUGUGGUGCUGUGAUGGUCACUUUUGUGAUGUUGUAAGAGAUCGACCCUCCCGCUUCUGUGAGUUAACUGCAUCGGACGUGAAACGAGCCGCAGCCAUCUUGUUUGAUGUAAACGACGGUGUAUGGUUUGUCCCUGAUUGUCGUGUCACAGUCCAGUUGGUUGUUUUAUCAUUUUUUACAAUGUAGUGUCCUCUGUAUGUAUAUUCAUGUUCACACAUGCCAGUGUAUCAGAUCUGUUCACGCUUCCCUCUUAACAAAGUGUCCUCUGUGUGUGUGUGUGUGUGUGUGUGUGUGUGUGUGUGUGUGUGUGUUCGUUCAUGCAUGCGUCUACAUGAACAUUCAUGCAGAUGUGUCUUUAUCGUCAUUAUCCAAGACCAAACUCUUCAAACACAGUUUACAGUCUUUGUCCAGUGACUCUUUCCAAUACGUUAACGAAGAACAAGCUAUUUCAGAGCAGUGUGCAGCUGUCUAAACCUUCCAGUGACAUUUUGUAAAAUUGUCAUUUCAGCGUCUUGCAACUUCGCAGUAAAGACUACUAGUGUGCUUGUUGUCAUUGCAUAGUGUAUUGUAAUAUUAACUGACGGUAAUCCAAUCUUACUUUUGCAAUUACAUGUCUGGUUAAUAGAUCUGUUUACAACGUAGUGCUGUAGGUCAAUUCUAUUCAUUCUGUGAACUUUGCACUUUAAAAACUGGAUUACCUAGUGACAAAGGCAGCUUUUACAUGGAGAAAAUGCCUUAUAAGUGUCAUACCUGACUUUGCAUGCUAGUGUUGCUGUAAUGUACAAUAAAUGUGUCUGUAACCAGAAAAUGUCUGAUCUGUUUUUGAUUUAUUUUGUUAUUGACGAUAGGGAAAGCCUGAUAAAGAAGAAUGUUUUCUAGUGAGAUCUGCCUGAGAUACAGGAAGCUGCGGACCAUCAUCAUCAUUAUCAUCAUCAUGCAGCGUAUGAAAAUAAUCUUAACCUUGAGUGCUCAGUUAUUUGCAGUGUUCAACACAGUAUUAAGCAAUUGUUCAGCUUCCUCAACUGUGCUUGUAGUGUUAUUCAUUUACUUGCCUGUAAUGGACUGUGUUUUGUUUACGUUACACUACUUCCAUCAGUACUGUGUAUUUGCCAUUUUCAUGCCUGUCAUCUAAUUGGGUGGUUUAUCAGAAUUAAAUCUGUGUAUUUUA